CAAAGCAUAGUACUACUUUUGCGCCCGGACGCUUUCAGCUUCACAUCAUCGCGCGAGGUCUUAGGUAUUAGGCAAGGUGGCUAGGACAACGGGAGAAUGACCAGAUCCAGAUCCAUUCAUCUACAUCUACCUCCAUCAAAAAAAGGAUUCAUCAACAUCACAUUACUCCUUCAUCUUUCAUCGUGAUCCCUCAGAUCAACCAACCGUCUCCGCGAUAGGCUAGUUGCGUAUGAUCUGUGAAGUGACUUAACCUAUAUUUUGAAUUCCGGGGUAGGGGUGAGAGCUUAGCAUUCUCGCCGGGAUCAUUCCGGUUUAAUUUAUCAUGUCUGGACGUAGCACUCGUGCGAGAAGUCGUGCUACCGGCACAAGUAGCACCCCUAACACUGCGCGCCAAAAGUUCUAUUCUGAACCGCCACCAGCAGAUCUUCCUAGUCUAUAUCCAGUUCAUGAUGGAUCGUAUGGCGUCAAUACGCAUAUAAACCUCGACUCUGCGAAGAGGGGUCGAGGUAGAAAGGCCAAACCUGGAUUCGUUAAUGAGGAUGAGGAAGAUAAGCGCUUUACCAGACGAAUGAAUAGUAAAGACGGUAAGCGUUUUACUAUGGAGAAUGAUCUCAAAAGAAUUGUCGGGGAGACCGUCGAGGAAGCCGAAAAAGACAACGGAGUCGACGAGGGAACGAAUAUUGAAGAACCGGAGCUGAGGUCAAGUAUGGCUCUUGUGGAUGAUUCCUAUCAACCGAAUACUCAACCGAGCGUCCAGCAGUCUGCUCGAUAUGAAUCCCAGACCCAGCCCCAACUUCCGAACGAAGGAGAUGGCAAUCAUCAAGGCGAAAUUGGAAACCAAUACAACAAAUACCAAUACGAUCCAAAGCACGGGUGGAAACCACGCACCCAACGUGUCGACGACUACAAGGGUCCUGGUGUUACUAAGCUGGGCCGGAUGUUCACGGCCAAGGGGAAAGACAAGCAGAAACCACCGUAUGCUCCUAUUCAGUAUAGAUCCCCUGAUCCUGAAAUUCUUAUCCACAAUGCACAUACAUCGGCGCCGUCUCCAUCUGAAGGCUCUUUCUACGGAGUUCCAACAGGGCGAGGUGCCCCCUUUCCCUCUACAUCAUUUGUUGCUCCUGCACGCGCUCCUAUACGUCUUGACUCGUCAAGGAGCUUCACUACCGAGAAUGUAUUGUAUAGUGACGCAACGCUCACGACACCCUUAAGCAGAGUCGACCAGGCACCUGCGCCUGGACUUUCGGUAAACGAAACUAAGCCUAUUUCUCGCGAGGGCGACAACUCUACGGCCCAGAAUACGGGGUACACAGAGAUUCCGAAUGGGAACAAUCUCACGACCUUCGUCUCUCCUCCCGCUAACAACAAUGAGCCUACAUCCUUAGGGCCUGAAGAAACUCCUAACGAGCCAGGUUUGACCCCAGCUCAAUGGCAGAGGGUGGAAAGUCUCAUCCGAGACAUGCGAACGUCGCCACGGCACCCACAUUUCGACGCGGCUUCCGCUCCUGCUUACACAUUAGACCAUCUGACGCCGCGAGAAAUCCGGGCGAUAAGGGCCUUAAUACAGGACAUGGGUAACGAUCAGGCGACGACGGCAAAAAUCAUGGCCGAGUUUGACAGAGUUACUAAGCGCGCCGAGCAUGAUCAGCAAGCAAAAGCGUCGAGGAAAGAUUACGUUGCCAAAUAUAACCAUUCAGUCAACUCCAACGUUAGAAACAAUAUCCACGAUGAACCUGCCGUUAAUAGUAUUCCCGACGGAAAUUCCUCCAAUGCGGCUGAUAACAACACAGUCACAAACACUGACAUAAAUACUAAUAGUGGUCAAAUUUCCGAGGAGAGUUCUCGUCCGGUCCAGGAGAUGGAAGACCUGAAUCCUCUCGGUAACGAGUCCAAUAAUGCUGGUGAAUAUGAAGAUGUAGCCGAGGACGGACGUGUUAAUGACGGGGAUAAUCAAUUUUUUACCAACGAUGCCGUGGAUGAUUCAUCCAGCGACUCAGGCUCGGAUUUUUUUCCUCCUAUCAAAUCAGAUUUAAAUCGACCUAGAAGGCGUCGUACAGAACGAAAUUACGCUCGGAAGCGUCGCUCAUUGUUUAACUGGACGGCACUUGGAGGCCCGAAUGCCUGGGUGAGCACGGUCUUCGUAUUUCUAACCAUUUUAUUCUGGGCCUGGCUUCUAUUAACUCUUAUUGGCGGAGCCUCUACAUCAUCACGAGAUGAUGUCUUUUCUGACACCGGCGCACGAUGGCCUAGUUGGGAUAGUAUGAAGAAUAACCUUGGUAAGAUUAUACCUUCAAGGAUCAGUGGGGGUGGAAAUAAUAUUGAUAUCGAGUCGGGGGAUACGCAAACAAAACUCGUCAAUAACCUCACACCAAAAAUCCCUGAUCAAGUUUUCGUCGAGAAGGACGGAAAGGGCAAGUUUAAGAUAUCACAAGAUUUCUGGCACGCUCUACGAGACUUGAUUAGGGAAGAUGAUAUCAUUCUGACUUUAGAAAAUGUCAAAAAGGCGGCCCCGGAAAUCUCGAACGCGCACUGGCUCGCGAUAAAAUCACGUUUAAGCAAGGACGGGUUCGGGUUACAAACUGGGUCAAACACUUCCUCGGGAGAGCAUGCAGCACCAGUUGAUAAAGCAUCGUUCCUGCGGUCCUGGGACCACUGGGUGAGUCAAAAUCGGGAAGAAUUGAAGAGAAUGGUGGGUGGGGUUGCCGUCUCUAGGGAAGAGUUCAUAAAACUAUUCCGAGGCGAAAUUAAAUCUUACCAGCAAGAAAUCCGCAAGGAGCUCGUAGCUCAGGAUGCUCGGAUCAAAGAGCUCGUGGAUACCGUGACCAAGCUCCGUAAUUCUGCUAAGAAUACACAUGGAGGUUUGACCGAAAAGGAAGUCAAAACCAUCUGCGAUGGGGCAAUACGGAAAGCUAUCGAGAACGCUAAACUCGACGCCCUGGCCAGCGGCCGUAUACGCGGCCACGCGAAUGAUAUGCUCAUAAACCAGGUCAACUUCUUCGGCAUGGGCUCCGGCGCAGUCAUCGAUCCGAAUUCUAGCUCGUCACCCUGGGAACCCCCCAGCGACUACUCGUCAAGAACUAAGAAGUGGUACAAACGUGACGGCUACAUGCCCCAGCCCCUAUCGUCUGCCGUAACCUCCUGGAGCGAAGAAGGCGAAUGCUUCUGCGCCGGGAAGACCGUCAGGGGGGUACCGCAAAUCGCCAACGCGAUUGGGGUUAUGACAAGCCGCACCAUCAUCCCACAGCACCUAGUUGUAGAGCAUAUCCUGCCCGGCUCAACACUAGACCCGGGCGCGAUGCCCAAGGAUAUCGAGGUGUGGGCGUAUAUCGAAGAGGUGACGCUGCGUGACGAGGUACGCGCCUUCUCGGCGAGUCAAAUGCCCAUCCCACUCGCAACCGAGGCUACCACGGGACCGGAGGGUUUUGUCAAGAUUGGCCACUUCACGUACGAACACAGGGACUACGGCGAUGGCGUUCAGAUCUUUAAGAUGAGCAGCGAGCUUACGCGCAUGCGUGCCGCUACCAGCCACAUCAUCAUCAAGGCGGUAACGAACUACGGCGCGGACCAUACGUGCUUCUACCGCCUCAGACUAUAUGGCGAGGUCGUAAAAGCGACGUGGGGGGUGGGCCGUCAAGAAUAAGGCGUUCGAUACGUGCCUAGGUACUUAAUUUGGAGUCAUCCCGUGGGGAAAGGAGGCAGCAACAGCAACACAAUCACGAGAUGAGAUCGCAUAGGCGAAACUGAACAAGGCGGACACGCCGUCACAAUAGACGGGUUAAGUUAGUUCAUCUAACCAACGACCCAACAAGAA